AUGCUCAAGGUGCCCUCUGGCAUCGGGCGGCGGGGCAAAGGCCUCGGGGGCGCGCCGCGGAGCAGCAACGUGGAGCCCGCCGCCCCCGCUUCCCCCCGCGGCUCCUCCGCGGGUUCGGCGUCCCCGUCCACGCCCGAGACGCCCCCGGGCCGGGGCCGCCGGCGCACGUGCCAGGAUACGCUCGCGCUGCCGAUCGUGUACUGCACCUCCGAGCCCGCGCCGCCCCCGCGCCCCUGGCCGUCUGCCGGGCCGAAGGCGGGGCCCUGCUGGUGGCUCGUCGAGCCCAGCGCCGCGGCCUGCCCCCUGCGGCGGCCCGGCUAG